GCGAAAGAGGUGGUGGCUGCUGUGGGCUCCGGGAAGCCGUUCGGGCUGGGGCUGUCGGCCGCGGGGCGGAGGCACUCGCGCGGGGGGUAACUCGGGUCUGGGUUCGGGUGCCGCGCAGCUCUCCCCGUCUAAAAGUUGGUUUUAAUUGGUUGCCCACAGGAUUGCCUUGGCCUCUACUUCUUGUUAAGAAAAUACAUCUCUUGUUUUAUCAGGUGUGUGUGGUUUCAGCGCAGCAUGGCUGUGGUCAUCCGUUUGCAAGGUCUCCCAAUUGUGGCGGGGACCAUGGACAUUCGCCACUUCUUCUCUGGAUUGACCAUUCCUGAUGGGGGCGUGCAUAUUGUAGGGGGUGAACUGGGUGAGGCUUUCAUCGUUUUUGCCACUGAUGAAGAUGCAAGGCUUGGUAUGAUGCGCACAGGUGGUACAAUUAAAGGGUCAAAAGUAACACUUUUGCUGAGUAGUAAAACGGAAAUGCAGAAUAUGAUUGAACUGAGUCGUAGGCGCUUUGAAACUGCCAACUUAGAUAUACCACCAGCAAAUGCUAGUAGAUCAGGACCGCCACCUAGCUCAGGAAUGAGUGGCAGAGUAAAUUUGCCUACAACAGUACCUAACUUUAAUAAUCCUUCACCCAGUGUAGUUACUGCUGCCACAUCUGUUCAUGAAAGCAACAAAAACAUUCAGACAUUUUCCACAGCCAGCAUAGGAACGGCUCCUCCAAAUAUGGGGGCUUCUUUUGGGAGCCCAACGUUUAGCUCAACCAUUCCGAGCACAGCGUCUCCAAUGAACACAGUCCCGCCACCACCAAUUCCUCCGAUCCCAGCGAUGCCAUCUUUGCCACCAAUGCCGUCCAUUCCCCCAAUACCAGUUCCUCCUCCAGUACCUACAUUGCCUCCUGUGCCUCCUGUGCCCCCAAUUCCCCCAGUCCCUUCUGUGCCACCCAUGACCCCACUGCCACCCAUGUCUGGCAUGCCACCCUUGAACCCGCCACCUGUGGCACCUCUGCCUGCUGGAAUGAAUGGUUCUGGAGCACCUAUGAAUCUGAACAAUAACCUGAACCCUGUGUUUCUGGGUCCGUUGAAUCCUGUUAACCCUAUCCAGAUGAAUUCUCAAAGCAGUGUGAAACCACUUCCCAUCAACCCUGAUGAUCUGUAUGUCAGUGUGCAUGGAAUGCCCUUUUCUGCAAUGGAAAAUGAUGUCAGAGAUUUUUUCCAUGGGCUCCGUGUUGAUGCAGUGCAUUUGUUGAAAGAUCAUGUAGGUCGAAAUAAUGGGAACGGAUUGGUUAAGUUUCUCUCCCCUCAAGAUACAUUUGAAGCUUUGAAACGAAACAGAAUGCUGAUGAUUCAACGCUAUGUGGAAGUUAGUCCUGCCACAGAAAGACAGUGGGUAGCUGCUGGAGGCCAUAUCACUUUUAAGCAAAGUAUAGGACCUUCUGGACAAACCCAUCCCCCUCCUCAGACACUUCCCAGGUCAAAAUCGCCCAGUGGGCAGAAAAGGUCAAGGUCAAGAUCACCACACGAGGCUGGUUUUUGUGUUUACUUGAAAGGGCUACCAUUUGAAGCAGAAAACAAACAUGUCAUUGAUUUUUUUAAAAAGUUGGAUAUUGUGGAAGAUAGUAUUUAUAUUGCUUAUGGACCCAAUGGGAAAGCAACUGGUGAAGGCUUUGUAGAGUUCAGGAAUGAGGCUGACUAUAAGGCUGCUCUGUGUCGUCAUAAACAAUACAUGGGCAAUCGCUUUAUUCAAGUGCAUCCAAUUACUAAGAAAGGUAUGCUAGAAAAGAUAGAUAUGAUUCGUAAAAGACUGCAGAACUUCAGCUAUGACCAGAGAGAAAUGAUGUUAAAUCCGGAGGGGGAUGUCAGCUCUGCCAAAGUCUGUGCUCACAUAACAAAUAUUCCAUUCAGCAUUACCAAGAUGGAUGUUCUUCAGUUCCUAGAAGGAAUCCCAGUGGAUGAAAAUGCUGUACAUGUUCUUGUUGAUAACAAUGGGCAAGGUCUAGGACAGGCAUUGGUUCAGUUUAAAAAUGAAGAUGAUGCACGUAAGUCUGAACGCUUACACCGUAAAAAACUUAAUGGGAGAGAAGCUUUUGUUCAUGUAGUUACUCUAGAAGAUAUGAGAGAGAUUGAGAAAAAUCCCCCUGCCCAAGGAAAAAAAGGGUUAAAGAUACCUGUGCCAGGUAAUCCUGCAGUUCCAGGAAUGCCCAGUGUGGGAAUGCCCAGUGCGGGAAUGCCCGGUGCCGGAAUGCCCGGUGCCGGAAUGCCCGGUGCCGGAAUGCCCGGUCCCGGAAUGCCUGGUGCCGGAAUGCCCGGUGCCGGAAUGCCUGGUGCAGGAGGUGAAGAGCAUGCCUUCCUGACUGUAGGAUCUAAGGAGGCCAACAAUGGGCCUCCAUUUAACUUUCCUGGUAAUUUUGGUGGGUCAAAUGCCUUUGGGCCACCACUCCCUCCUCCAGGAUUAGGAGGCGCCUUUGGUGAUGCUAGGCCUGGUAUGCCUUCAGUUGGAAAUAGUGGUUUGCCUGGUCUAGGACUGGAUGUUCCAGGUUUUGGAAGUGGACCAAAUAAUUUAAGUGGGCCAGGAUUUGGAGGAGGCCCUCAGAAUUUUGGAAAUGGCCCUGGUAGUUUAGGUGGCCCCCCGGGCUUUGGAAGUGGCCCUCCUGGUCUUGGAAGUGCCCCUGGGCAUUUGAGUGGGCCACCAGCCUUUGGGCCUGGCCCUGGUCCUGGCCCUGGCCCAAUUCACAUUGGUGGACCCCCUGGCUUUGGAUCUAGUUCUGGAAAACCAGGACCUACAGUAAUUAAAGUGCAGAAUAUGCCCUUUACUGUGUCUAUUGAUGAGAUUUUAGAUUUCUUUUAUGGCUAUCAAGUGAUCCCCGGCUCAGUGUGUUUAAAAUACAAUGAAAAAGGUAUGCCCACAGGCGAAGCCAUGGUGGCCUUCGAAUCUCGGGAUGAAGCCACAGCUGCUGUCAUUGACUUAAAUGACAGACCUAUAGGCUCAAGGAAAGUAAAACUUGUCUUAGGGUAGCUGUUCACAUCAAUUCUUUAGAGGGUAGAUCUUCAUAGUGCUGUGAUUAAUGCAUCCAGAUUGUUUUCCUAGUAUUUCCAGGUUAGAACCUGUGGAUUGUUUCAAUUGCAUAUAGAUUGGUUUCUAUAACAUAGAGUAUUGGUUGACUGUUUACAGAAGACUCACUACCAGGAUAAAUAUUGCUGUAUGUUACAGUAAAGCUGUCUGGAGAGAACACAAAAAUGAUUUUGGCAUACCAUUAGAGAAACCAUUUGUAAAACACAAAUGACCGCAUAAAGCUUAUCAAGGAGUCUAGAUUGGUUUCGUUUUAUACCAUAUGGGAUGAAGAAAAUAGAAAUGUCAAUAGAGCUCAUUAAGGGUGCUCUUGCCAGCUGCUGAAAAAUAGAAGUUGGCUACUCUUGGAAUUUGGUUUAAAGCUGGACAGAUUUGCUUUGUUAUAGGGUCAAAGCUUUGUCUAAAAGUCCUCAUUUUCUUUUAAAAUUGAAUAAAAUCUCUGUAUACAGAUCACUGUAUGUACCUUUAUUGCUUCUUGAGGGUUCUUGCUGUAUAGACAGUCCUGCUUCUGAAGUUGCUGCUUUUUUGUUUGCCUAAUUGACUCAUUUGUAAAUGAGCAGAAUUGUUUUGUUGUUGUUGUUUUAAUAUAAAACUCCACACUUGGUUUGUGCUAUAACCUUGAACUUUGAUUUCUAAUGUCACACUUCAAACUGUGUGAAAUAAGAACUUUUGCCACAAAAAUAAAAUACGGAGUCCUCUACCUACCAGAGCCUUUUUGGUUUAACCGCCAUGUUUUAGUUUAGUCAGUUUAAAAAUUGUUCAUGUUGUUUGGAUGGCAUCAAAAACCAGAAACCACUUUUAAUAAUCAUUGUUUAAGAUGCUAGAUUUGAAGUCCUGUACAAUGAUGGACUGAUGUUCUGGCAAUUUCCUUCUGUCCCAAAUUUACGUGAAAUUUUGGCCUGUAACU